GCCGUAAAUUGUCGUAAAGCAGCAGUGCUGAUUUCCGGCAAACACAGCUUCUCCGUUUUGAUUUGGCAGAUCAGAGAAGCAACACAGAGCACCGCGCAGACGUUCAUCUGUUCUCACAUCAGGUCAGCGGGUCAGAUCCUCACAGAGACUGAGACCGGCUGCUGCUUCACGACAGCGUCUGCCUCCAGCCGUCGUCAUGGAAACAGAGGAGCAGACCAGGAACCGGUUCCAGUCUGAACUGGAGUUCAUUCAGUGUCUGGCGAACCCGAACUACCUCAACUUUCUGGCUCAGAGAGGAUUCCUGAGGGAGAAACCCUUCAUCAACUACCUGAAGUACCUGCUGUACUGGAAGGAGCCCGAGUACGCCAAGUUCCUCAAGUAUCCUCACUGCCUGCACAUGUUGGAGCUGCUGCAGUACGAGCACUUCAGGAAGGAGCUGGUGAACGCUCAGUGCACUAAGUUCAUAGACGAGCAGCAGCUGCUCCACUGGCAGCAUUACUCCCGGAAACGGACCCGUCUGCAGCAGGCGCUCGCCGAGCAGCAGCCGCCGCAGCAGCAGCCGCCGCCGCACGGGAACGCCGCCGCCAAGUGAUGGGGUCGCUGGAGUACUGUGGGGGGCGGAGCUCCACAGAUAUCUAUCUGUGUGGAUGUUCCAAAGAGACAAUGUUCUUUUUUCUUCACUUUUACAUGAACAGAUAAACAUUCUUCAUUCAGAUCCCUGUGAUGUGACCGGAGAGGGACGUUUAACGGGGAACAUCAGCUCUUCAACGCUCUGUGGUAUAUAAUAUAAUAUCAUAUACAAAUAUAUUAUA